AUGGCCUUCCUGCUGUUGGUAGCUGGUGGCGGUGCAGUGACAUUUGCCCCUGAGCGCUGUGCGUUUCCGUCUUUGCUUAAUGUAACACAGAUUCAUCUCCAGAGAGGCCUUCGCCUGGGGUGCUUCACUAGUGCCGAUCUUGUUGAGGCCUCGUUUGCACGCAUUUCCGAGAUCAACUCAAUGCUCAACCCCGUUUUGGAGACAAACCCAGAUGCAUUGAAAAUUGCAGAACAGCGAGAUCGGGAUAGGCAGGAAGGCAAGACCUUAGGGCCCCUGCACGGGCUUCCAAUUCUUGUCAAAGACUUAAUAGGCACAGAUGACCAAAUGCAAACGGCAGCGGGUUCUUAUGCGCUGAUUGGAGCAAGAGUUCGAAGAGACGCUACUGUCAUUGCAAAGCUCAGAAGAAACGGCGCGAUCAUUAUCGGAAAGACAAGCCUAUCGGAAUGGGCAAACACUCGCUCGAUAUAUUCGACAAAUGGCUGGAACGCCAGAGGUGGCCAAACGUACGCUGCGUACGUUGAAAACCAGGAUCCAAGUGGAAGUUCUAGUGGGAGCGCCGUGGCAGUCGACUUGGGUCUCGCUUUUGCAGCAUUAGGAACAGAGACUAGUGGUAGCAUCAUCUAUCCUGCUGAAAGGAGCAACAUUGUCGGUAUCAAGCCAACAGUGGGCCUUACGUCGCGGCAUAUGGUGAUUCCUGUUAGUGAGCGUAUGGAUACAAUUGGACCGAUGGCCAGAACUGUCCGCGACGCAGCGUUAGUGCUACAGGCAAUUGCGGGUAAAGAUGCGAAUGAUAACUAUACUCUGUCCUCGCCAUUUCAUGGAAACCUUCCCAACUAUGCUGCAGCAUGCAACUUAACUGGUUUACAGGCAAAGAGAAUAGGAAUUCCCCGAAACGUUCUCAGUAUUCUACCUCACAUCUUCGGCACAGCAGCCGACCCCAUUAUAGGCUCGUUUGAAAAAGCCGUUGCAACGAUUAGGGAGGCAGGUGCAACUAUCGUCGAGGACACCAAUUUUACCGCAUACAACGCAUUCAUUACGAGCCAAAUCCCACAAAGGGUGGUAGCUGCAGACAUGUUGAGUGGAUUCGCAACCUAUCUUUCGGCAUUAAGCAGCAACCCAAACAAUCUUCAUUCGCUGGAGGACAUUCGUAACUUCACGCAGCACAGCCCUGAAGAAGGCUACCCAUUGCGGGACACAGAGGCUUGGGACAUGGCCAUCUUAGCCGGAAUGAACAAUUCAUCACCAGGUUUCUGGCACUUAUACCAACAAUCUCUCUUUUUCGGCGAAGAAGGAGGCUUGCUGGGCACGCUUUCACGACAUAAUCUCGAUGCCAUCAUCCUCCCGUCGCGUCUGUCGGCCGACAUUCCAGGUAUUAUUGGUAGCCCGAUAAUCACGGUCCCGUUUGACGCAUUCCCCGCCGGUACUACCACUUCGUACAAUUUGCGUGGAGACCUCGUUGAUGCAGCACCAGGUGUUCCGUUGGGCAUUAGUUUCCUAGGGCAAAAAUGGAGUGAGGAGUCUCUUAUAGCCAUGGCUUUUGCAUUUGAACAACGAACAACGGCACGCAAAAACCUUACUCGCUUUGUUGAGCCGAAAACAGAACUGGCAGAUUUGAAGAAGGGUUCGGAAUGA